CUGCUUGCUAAAAGGUUAUGAGGAGCGCCUGGAUACCGUUUCCAGAAAUUCUUAAAACAAAUCAAUCAAAUUCCUCUGCUGAAUCAUUUCUAUUCAUGCACUCUAAAUAUCGGGACCUUACAAUGUGUCUUGGGGGACUUGAGGGCAGUGGUCAACUUUUGUGACCUUUUCUAAUGAUGCUAAGCAGCUUGAAACAGGAUUACCUGGAUGUAGAACUUUCCAUUACUCCAGAAUCUGAAGCAUUUGAUAGUUAACUGUAAAUAAUAUUGCUAAAAAGCUUUUAAAGAAUAUUCUAGCUAUAUUUGAAGCUGUUAUUUUUGUUUUAAAAUCCCAAUUUACUAUGCCUUCCACUUGUUUGGAUUACAGCGAUUGCCUUCUUAUUUUCAAAGCUUUUCAUCUGCAAGAAAAUGGCGCUGAGGGAGAGAUAUGUCAGUGUGGGCUUGAAAGAGAGGAUAUUGCUUUUUUAGAAGAACGUGAAGAAAUAGCUGUUAUGGAAAACAGAAAUUAUAUAAAUGCAAGAGACAUAUCUCGGAAAAGAUUUCUGAAGAGUAUUUUUAAAAUGAUAGAGUCCAUUAUGGAACCAGAUAGUGAUGAUGACAUUUGGUCGGCAGAGAAGUUGAAAAAUAUAUUUUGUUCAUUUAGGGUGUUGGUGUGGUGCGGUAGGUUUUUGAUAAAAUUCCAUGAAAAAAACCAGUGCAGUCAGUAUUUAACUUCUGCUGUGAAGUUUUAUUUAAAAUCUCUAGAUAUCGGGAAAUAUAGUUUCUAUCACACUAAUCGCCCGGUCGAUAAGAAAAUUUUAGAACUUUUAAGGCUCUCCUCUAAAAAUCGUGUUCACCAUAGUGUGUUCAUAGAAUUUUUAAGAUUGAUUUGUAAUGAAAAUUUCUGUUACUACUAUUACUACUUUGAUGUCAGUUCAAUGUUAGAGGAUAUAUUAAAAGCUGCUCAUGAAUCUAAAAUAGAUAUAUUAAAUGUAUGGAGAGAAGUUGACGCAAUAUCCUACUGUUCAUUCAAUCGUUUUAUAUUUAUGAGCUUGGAAAAUUUUAUUCCAAUGAUUAGGUUCGGAAAAACUGAAUGUUUAUCUUUUUCAAGUGAGAAGUUUUACUAUUUGAAAACAGCUCUACGCAAAUUUUCUUGUAAAGUGACUAUUAGAGAUGAUAACGUUGGCAGGAGUUCUACCAGUUUCCUCUCCCUACAAACUACAUAUUUGUUUCUUUAUGCAAAAAGCAAAAUGGCGCCUUCAAUAACAGCAGCCUACAUUCUCAAGUUAUUGUGGAACAGCAUAACAGAUCCAUUCUUGUGUGAGGAGGACUUCAAAAAGAGUGACCUAGUCGUUUUACCAACCGGUGCACAUGAUGUCAAUAUACUGCAUAAAGCCUGGACUUGGUAUGAGGAUCAUGUACUUAAGAAUGUAAAUUCACCCAAAAGACCAAGAUCUCUCGGCCAUCUUUCAAGGUGUUCUGUUCGUCGACAACUUGCGGCAUGCCUUCAUCUUCCGGGUGGUGUCGAACAGCUUGAUGUACCAAAGAUUCUUAAAAAUUAUAUUCUACUGGAAGAUUCAAAAGUUAUACUCUAAGCAGUGUGUGAAAAAAUGAAUACACUUUUGCGUAUGUAUUGUAUAUGUCUUCUAAUAAAAAUGUACACAGCUCCGAA